CCUACAGACUGAGUUUGAUGAAGAGGGAGAAGGCGAAGGAGGCGUGUGGUGGUGACAUUCAGCUUGAGAGAUUUUAACCCCGAUUCUUAUUGGUGUACAUUUAAACAGCAGCCCUGCCCCGCCGCGCCCCCACCCCCAGCGGCGCCGUCAUGUGGCAGGAGGCCCGCAAACACGAGCGCAAGCUCCGUGGCAUGAUGGUCGACUACAAACGCCGUGGCGAGCGCCGCCGAGAGUACUACGAGAAGAUAAAAAAAGAUCCGGCCCAGUUUCUGCAGGUUCACGGCCGGUCCUACAAGAUCCACCUGGACCCGGCUGUGGCGCUGGCUGCAGAGAGCCCUGCCAACAUGAUGCCAUGGCAGGGAGACGCCAACAACAUGAUUGACAGAUUUGAUGUGAGGGCCCAUCUGGACUACAUCCCAACUUAUACCCCUCCUCUGCUCAGCACAUCAAUGCCAGAUCACGAGAUGGAGGAGAGGAAGUGCAAUUACGAGCGCUACAGAGGACUCGUUCAGAAUGAUUUUGCCAACAUCUCAGAGGAGCAGUGUUUGUACCAGAUCUACCUGGAUGAGCUCUAUGGUGGCCUGGCCAAACCAAAUGAGGACGAGAAGAAGAAACUUGCCGAGAAAAAGGUUGCCAUUGGUUACACGUACGAAGACAGCACCGUGGCGGAGCCUCACUCCCAGUCGGACAAAGAAGACGACAAUUCAGAGAACAGUGAAUCCGAGGAGGACGAAGGCAUUCCUGAUAUCGAUGUGGAAGUUGAUGUUGAUGAGCUGAACCCGGAGCAGCUGUUGGAUCUAAACAAAAUGGCUACUCCCUAUGGGAUGGGAGAAGGCGACUUUGUCAGGAUGUUGAAGAAAGACAAGGAGGAAGUGGAAGCCAUUAAACACGCCAAAGCUCUGGAGGCAGAGAAGGCCAUGUACUCUGGCCGCCGCUCUCGAAGACAGAGGAGGGAGUUCAGAGAAAAGAGGCUAAAAGGAAGACAGAUCAGUCCACCAAGCUACGCCAGAAGAGACAGCCCGACGUACGACCCUUACAAACGGCCUGAGUCGGAGUCCAGCUCAGAGUCCCGGUCCCGUUCGCGUACUCCCGGCCCGGAGAAGAUCACGUUCAUCACCAGCUUUGGCGGCAGCGACGACGAAGCCGCGGCCACGACACAAACCGCUGCCCCUCACUCUGGCCACGCCCCCUCCAGCUUGCAGCACUCUGCAGGUCAUAGCAGGGGCUCCCGGAGACGGAGGUCGUCCUCGAGCAGCUCCUCUUCGUCCUCGUCUCGCACCUCGUCCCGGUCGUCCUCUCGCUCGUCCUCCCGUUCACGCAGAGGCCGGCGGGGACACGGGCGGAGAGACGGCCGCCGAUCGCGGAGCCACUCGCGGUCGAAGCGGCGCUCCAGGUCCCGCUCCCGUGGGAGGUCAGGAGGGAACGGGGGCUCCUGGAGGAGGCGGGAGCGGACGAGAUCGAGGUCCAACGACAGGGACAGAGGCAGAGAUAGAGACAGGGACAGAGACCGGGAACGGGACAGGAGACGCUAUUCCGCGCGUAGAAGAACGAGGUCUCGUUCGGGUUCACGGCAGGGCAGCGGCUUGAGGCAGGGAGCCUGGAGCGGUCGAGGACACCGGAGGAGAGACAGCGACAGCCACAGUGCGUCCCCUUCUCCAAGCCGCCCGCCCCACAGUCCCUCCCCCACCCACCGGGGGGCCCAGCCUGCUGCCAACACCAUCUCUGACAAACUGAGAAAGCCUGACACUCCGGGUGGUAAAGAGACGGGAGCUGCCAAACCCAAGCUGACGCCCCAGGAGCGUCUGAAGCUACGGAUGCAGAAGGCGCUCAACAAGCAGUCCAAGGCGGAUAAGAAAGCUGCUCAAGUGAAGAUCCAGCAGCAGGAGCACAAGCGGCAGGAGCGAGAAGGCGAGCUGCGAGCCAUGGCACGCAAGAUCCGUAUGAAGGAGCGUGAGCGACGUGAGAAAGAGAGGGACGAAUGGGAGCGACAGUACGGACGACAGAGCCAUUCGCCUUCUCCCUCCAAACACGGCCGAGAACACAGCUCACACAAAAGGUCUCACUCCCGGUCUCGCUCUCACUCCCGCUCUCACUCCCGCUCUCGUUCCCGCUCUCGCUCUCGGAGUCCGUCGUACAGAUACUGAGCCGGACAGAGGGACGACGAGGCCCGUCCCGCACAUCAGGAAGUUUUCCGUUGACACAAACGACUCAUGUAGAACCUCUCACGCGGGAAAUACGAAGUUUGGUUAACGAAUCUGCAACUUCGUCUCGCUCACACAUGAAACACCGACUGAGACUCUUUAAUCCCACCGAAUUAGAGACGAUUUAAUCCGCCGUUUAGUUUUGCUUCGUUUUGUGAAGACCGGAGAACAUCUGCAUGUUAAAUCUUUUGCUUUCUCGUCUUCCUGGUCCGUUCUUUGGGAGACGUGGUUUUUCCAAAGUGCGACGCACUGAGCAAUACUUGACGUUUUUAAAAGGUAUUCUGGUGUUCGAAUCUUUAGCCACAGUAUGUUCCUGUGAAAACAAACGACUGAAGCUAGAGAUGAAACUUUAAAUAGACUUUCACAAAUGUGAUUUCCAAAAAUAUCAAAUGAAAGCCACACCGCAAAAGCAGAAUUAACUUUGUAAAUUUGAUCGCUCUUUUUGUACUCUGUUCUCAGCUGGCUAAAACCACCAAACAACUUUUUUUUUCCUCUGUAAAAGUGAAUGUGAAAAAGAACAAAUAAAAUUCACUUUAAAAGUA